CUUCGUCCCAAAGUUGCAGGUCGAAGUUUUUGAGGCCGUAAAACAGCCUCAUCUGAAACGGGGGACCACGAGUUGCACUAUGCUUCUCAUGCUGAGUUCGCCUCCUGCAUGUAGCUCAGCCGGGAGUAUAUACUUCUUUCCCCUUGAGUCUUGCGUUAAGCCCAGGAAACUUUUUUUUAUCUUCAUCUUUACUCUUUGGGCGGCUUCCAUUUGACUUUCCAGUUUAAGUUUGUCUCAGUUUGCCACGCAUUGUGGCGUCAUUUUGAUGAUUAAAUACCUGCACACGCUCUACAAGCAGAAAUAUUCAAUAUCAUUAACGAAACCUGCAACGAAUCAGGCUUAUUAAUGGCGACCAUGCUUGGCGAAGAGGCGCAGAGCGAAACGCUUUGCGACUCAGAAAUGUCUUCCGAGUAUGAAUUCGUUCCUACGCCUGCUGAGUCAAUUGCGGAGGAACGAGAGCUUGCAUUCAGACCGAAGGAGGCAUUCGAGCACCAGCCUAGUGUUCGCGUCACAGUGCAUGAGGCCGCCGAAAAGGAUGGAAUUCUGAUAUCGGUCAAACCCCCGAAGGUGCCUGCUCAGCUCAAGCACACCCCAUGCGACAUCGUAUUGACGAUUGAUGUUUCCGGAUCGAUGAGUGCGGAGGCGCCUCCUCCGGCUAUCAACCCCAACGAGACAGAACACAAUGGACUCACCGUCUUGGAUCUUGUCAAGCACGCAGCACGAACGAUAGUAGAGACGCUCGAUGACACAGACCGACUUGCUCUCGUCACGUUCAGCACCGAGGCCAAGAUCAUCCAGCGCUUGUUGCCAAUGACGCCGGACAACAAAGCCCGAACUUUAAGGAACAUAAACCACCUUCGUCCAGAAAGCAUGACCAACCUAUGGCACGGCCUGAUGGAAUCGAUCAGGGUCUUUGAAUGCGACGAGAGAUCGAAUUGUGUUCCCGCCAUUAUGGUCCUGACCGACGGUCUGCCCAACCACAUGUGCCCCCCACAAGGCUAUGUAAAGAAGCUCCGUACAUAUCGCCUUCCGGCACGACUUCACACCUUCGGAUUCGGCUUUUCGUUGCGCUCUGGGCUGAUGAAAUCGCUUUCUGAGAUUGGAGGUGGGAAUUACGCCUUCAUCCCCGAUUCUGGAAUGCUUGGAACCGUUUUCAUCCAUGCAGUCGCCAAUCUUCAAUCCACCUUUGCUACACAAGUGACUUUGACGGUGGAAACCCCCGAAAGUGUGAGGCUCUCGAAAGCCAUGGGCGUCGAAGCCACGCGCGGUCCUGUAACUUCUGGUGGCAGAUUUGACCUCGAAUACGAGUCUUCCAAGGAAAUUGCAAGCGGUGGGGCUAGAACGAACACACUUAUAAUUGAGCUCGACGACGUUCUCUACGGCCAGUCUCGCGACAUCUUUUUGAAAUACCAAGAGAGACCCUCGGGCAUCGAGACGCAAUCCAUCACAUACCGCCUGACUGGCCGGCCAAUCAACGGUUCUCUCCUUGACAUCUCAGAAACUGCCUCAUUCGAAGUAAUUGCACCCGAAACCAUUACCUACCAUAGAUAUCGAGCAGAGAUUUGUGAGCUCAUAAAUUGGAUGUUCCCAUUGAAUUGCAUCGAGGAGCAUCAAACUACAGACGAUGCUCCAUUGACGGAACUUUGUGCAAAGGUCGAUGCGCUUGCAAGCAGAAUACAAGUCCAAGCAGGAAAUGACGGGUCCAUGUUGUCGUUAAUUGAAGAUCUUGUGGGCAAAGAACCAAACGGUCAAAUCAGGCUGGCGGUGUCAAAUAUCGAUUACUUCGAGAAAUGGGGCAAGCACUAUCUUUUGUCCAUCCUCUGCGCUCACCAGAAGCAAGUUUGCAACAGCUUCAAAGAUAGCGGACCGCUGCUGUACGGAAGUGAAUCGCCACUGUUCAUCCAGUGCCGAGACGCACUUGACAAAGCCUUCGAUCACCUUCCACCACCGAAACCUUCAAGACCGCCGAGGUUUAAAACUGGACAUCAAAGCUCAGUGGUAGAUAUGAGAAGGUAUCACAACAGAGAGAACCCAUGUUUCACAGGAGAAUGCCGUGUCCUUUCGGAAGGAGGACACCAGAUUCCGAUCCAAUCACUGCGACUGGGUAUGAAAGUACAAACGCUGAAGGGCUUCGCAAAGGUGGCUGCAGUCAUAGCUACAAAAGUCAACGCAGCACCAGUCUGCAUCAUUGGCUGCCUCAGAAUCACCCCUUGGCAUCCAAUCCGCACCGCCACGGAAUGGACCUUCCCCGCCAAACUGGCGGAUAAAUGCGAACUUUUCGAUGGUUAUGUUUACUCUGUCUUGCUCGAACGCAAUGGCGACGCCAGUGGCCACACGAUUCAGGUUGAGGGUCAAUGGGCAACGACACUAGGACACGGAAUCACGACGGGUGCAGAUGUGCGCGCCCACGAGUUUUUUGGUGACUAUGACAAGGUCGUGCAGAGCCUCGACUCAUUGCCAGCAGACAGCGAUGGUGUUCGGCAGUGCGGUGGAAUCCGAAGGAAUAGGACAACAGGCCUCGCGAGCGGUCUACUGCCAGUGUCGGAGAGAGCAUGGGCUAACAAGCUGAACCCUAAUUGCGGUUCUACUUGGCUUGCUAGCGUUUAGCUACCUAAAAUAAUAUUGAACAAAAGUAUUCUCGUCAUUCAAGCCUUAGGAGCACAUAUACUUGUGUGUAACGCUAAAUUCGGCCAGGACAUAUCAGAACAGGCUGGAAAUGUUUAAGCGUGACUUACAUGUC